AUGGGUGAACCAGAGGAUGUUGAUGCGAUGCUUGAGGAGGCGCUCGAUAAAAUUGAAGAUUCUGAUCGAAAUUACGGUCAUGGGCACGCGGAACCAAUGGCAGCAUUGAUACGGGGUGAACUAAUGAAGCAAGAGGAACCAUCCGGCGAAAGUAGUGAGGAACACAAUACAACCAAUGGUACAGAAAAAAUGGAUGGGGAUGGAAUGGCUUCGUCACACAGCAAGAAAAAGAAAGAGAGCAAUGAACAUAAAAAGCGAUCUCGUUCCAGGUCUAGAUCUUCAUCUCGUAGCCGUUCUCGCAGCCGUGACAAAGACAAGGAGAAAAAGAAACGACGCAGAAGUUCUAGUCGUGAUCAUAAGAAGAAGUCUCGUUCACGUUCAAGAUCGCGCAGACACAGCUCGCGGAAGCGUAGUCAUUCGCGUCGUCGGUCACGUUCGAGAGAUCGCCAUCGUCGGCGACGGUCGCGCUCCAGAGAGCGCAGGCGAAGAAGCCCGUCAUGGUCACGACCUCGUGUGCUUGAUCAUCGUGACCGUCGCGGGUUCUCUCCACCAUGGAGACGUUCACCACCUCGUGGACCACGUUUGCCAGGACCCGAAAGACGCGAUGUGAUGCCGUUUACUGCGCGUCGUUCGCCGCCUCCAAACGCAAAAAUGGAUAUGACAUCUGAAGAGCGUGACCAGCGUACUGUGUUUAUACUACAGAUAGCGAAGGAAACUCGACCACGUGAUCUGGAAGAAUUUUUCUCUAGCGUUGGGCAUGUACGCGACGUGCGAAUAAUUACAGAUUCGAAAACUCGACGAUCAAAAGGAAUUUGUUAUGUGGAAUUUUGGGAAAUUGAAAGUGUUAAUUUGGCUCUUGCACUGAAUGGGCAGAAAUUGCUCGGCGCGCCGUUAGUAAUCCAGCCAACAUUGGCUGAGAGAAACCGUGCAGCUAACAACACCGUUGGUGGAACACUUGGCUUUGGUCCUACAAACACCACAGGUCCACUGAAGCUCUAUGUUGGCCAAUUGCAUACAAGUAUAACGGAAGAUAUGUUAGGAAGGAUUUUCGAUCCAUUUGGAAAGAUAGAGAACCUGGAAAUUGCGACCGACCUCAGUGGUGUUUCGAAAGGAUAUGCGUAUGUCACGUUUCGACAUGCAGAUGAUGGUAAAAGAGCCAUGGAGCAAAUGAAUGGAUUUGAAUUAGCAGGUCGCCCAAUGAAGGUGUGCUCUGUUGAAGGAGAUGAAAUGCCACCACCAGUCCCUCAGCGGACACUUGAUACUGAUGAUGCGGACAGACGUGGUAUUGAUUUAGGGACAAGUGGUCGUUUACAUCUGAUGGCUAAAUUAGCUGAAGGAAGUGGUUUGGAACUACCGAAAAGUGCUAAGGAAAUAUUAGCGCAAAAUCAGCAGCAGUUAGAGAGUGCUACUGUCACAGGUCCUGCAAUUCCACCAAUUGCAACGCAGUGCUUUAUGCUUUCUAACAUGUUUGAUCCAUCUCAGGAAACGGGUGAAACUUGGGCUGAUGAAGUACGAGAUGAUGUUAUAGAAGAGUGCGCAAAGAACGGAGGAGUAUUACACAUAUUCGUUGACAAAGCUUCCCCGAAUGGCAAUGUUUAUGUGAAAUGUCCUUCUGUAGCUGCUGCUUUUAAAUCAGUGAAUGCGCUACAUGGGCGAUGGUUUUCAGGCAAAGUAAUCACAGCAAAUUAUGUUCCGGUCGCAAGCUAUUCACAGCUGUUCCCAGAUUCAGUUGUUGCGCGAGAACCUAUUCUGUCAGCUGUAAAACCACCAGUUGUAACAGCUGCUAUUCCAGGCGUUGGUUAUUGA